AUGGUGAAUUUUCCAGGAUACAGUCUGUCUGGUGCAGUCAUCUCCUUCUUCAUCUUGCUAACCAUGAAACAGAAAGAUAACUUUAGAGUGAUUGGUCCUGCUCAUCCUAUCCUGGCCAGGGUUGGGGAAGAUGCCCUCCUAAUCUGCCAGUUGCUCCCCAAGAGGACUGCCAUGCACAUGGAGGUGAGGUGGUACCGCUUGGAGCCCAACACACCAGUGUUUGCAUACAGGGAUGGAGCAGAAAUGACCGAGGUGCAGAUGGAGAAAUACAGAGACCGAGUAGAGUUGAUAGAGGAUGGCAUUGCAGAGGGAAGUGUGACUCUGAAGAUACACAACAUCCAGCCUUUUGACAAUGGACAAUACUGGUGCCAUUUCCAGGAUGGGAACAAUAAAGAAACAAGCUUGCUGCUCAAAGUAGCGAGCUAUGGCUUCCCUCACACAGGUAUGGGGUCUGCCCCUAACAUCCACAAGGAGGGACCUGGGGAAAGUGAAUUCCAGUUUGUGUGUACUGUAGAAGACUGGUUCCCAGAGCCCCAGGUUUAUUGGAAAGACAACCACAGAGAGAAGUUGCUGACAGUGUCUGGGAAUCACAUCCUGGAUGAAGAUGGCCUAUUCUACAUGGAAGACACCCUUGUGCUCAGGGAUGUCUCUGCUGAGACUGUGUCCUGCAUCAUCCACAACCCUGUCCUCACUGAGGAGAAGGACUUGGUAGUCUACAUUCCAAAGAAAUUGCAAACCGAGAUGGCUUUCUUGAAAGUGAUUGAGCCUUCUCAGUCCAUCUUUGUUGGAGUGGGAGAAGACAUACAUUUAUCCUGUUAUCUGUCCCCCAAGGCUGAUGCACAGAGCAUGGAGGUGAGGUGGUUUCGAUCGCACCGUUACCCUGCUAUGCAUGUGUAUUUGGAUGGGGACCAUGUGGCUGGAGAACAGAUGGCUGAGUAUAGAAGAAGAACUGCACUGGUGAGUGAUGCCCUUGACAAGGGCAGAGUGACCCUGAAGAUACACAAUGCCAAACCUUCAGAUGAUGGGAAGUACCACUGCCUUUUUGAACAAGAUGCUGUCAACCAGGAGGCCAAUUUGGAUCUGAAGGUGGUAGGUCUAUGCUCUUCCCCACUGAUCACCAUGGAGAAAUUAACGGAUGGAGACGUGUAGCAGAUGUGCUUUUCAGAUGGGUGGUUCCCACAGCACGUGCAGUGGAGGGACAUCAAAGGGAAAGUAAUAACACCGUCUUCUGAGGCCAUGACUCCAGGCAGCUAUGUACUAUUACAUGUGAAGACAUUUCUAUUGGCCACAAACAUCUCUCUUGUGAACAUGAUUUAUUCCAUCAGCAUUCCUUUUUUGGUCAAGGAGAAAACAGGAACUUUUUUUUCCCCCUCAUUGAAUGUGACACUGGAUUCAAAUACAGUUCCUCCGAAACUGAUGCAUUCUGAGGGAAACAAGGGUGUGGCCUCUGAAUAUUUGGGCAUCCAGACAUUUCACAGAGAUUUAACUUCCUGCUGGGCCAGGAAACGCGGGACCGGCGCUGGGCUGGGCUGGCAGGGCAGGUGGCCCGGGUCUGAAGGACGGCGAACUUGCCGGCCGCGGUUAGCGGCGGGUCUCGGCGCGGGCGGGAGGCCGGGCUGCCAUGAGGGGCGUCGCCGCCGCGCAGCCUCCAUCCAGCCCAAAGCCCGCGCCUCCCAGUUGGGUCGCUUGCGCAGGCGACCAUGGAGGUGGCAACGCUGGCCGACCGCGGGCCGCGCGGCGGCAGGGCCGGCCCCCAGAGGGGGCGGGGCCGGGGGGGCUGCAGAUCCCAACAUCGCAGCCUGCUCUUCAUACGGAGCUCGGACGUUGCCACCGCUGGGGCAUCGCAGGAGACUGGACAGCCACUGCAGCACAGAUGCCGCUGUCACUGUGGCUGCUGCCAGUAGUACCACCCGGGCAGGGGGCAAUCCACGACUUCAGUCCUUGAAGCCCCUUCAGGGAAGAUCUGCAGGGAUUGCUGCCACCUAUCCUGCGACUGAGACGUCCUGCCCUCCAUGA